UGCAUUAAAUCCCGGCUAGGCCCUGAGCUUGACUAUUUAAACUUUCACUGUACCUAACACGGAAGAUGUCGGCCGAUACGGUGCAUGAGCAGUAUGCCUCUGUGUCCAAGCUUGCGAAAUAUCCAUUUGAGCCGUAUUGGCCUGACAAGAAGCUGAAGAUUUGUGUUACGGGCGCCGGGGGCUUCAUUGCUAGCCAUUUGGCUAAGCGUCUUAAGUCAGAAGGGCACUACAUUGUUGCUUGCGACUGGAAGCGGAACGAGCACUUCGCGGAGGAGGAGUUCUGCCACGAGUUUCAUCUGGUGGACCUCCGGUUGUUCGAGAACUGCAAGAAGGUAGCCGAGGGAUGCGAGCACGUCUUCAACCUUGCUGCGGACAUGGGUGGCAUGGGUUUCAUCCAGUCCAACCAUUCCGUCAUUUUGUACAACAAUACUAUGGUGUCGUUCAACAUGAUGGAGGCUGCACGGGUCUGUGGCGUGAAGAGAUUCUUCUAUGCCUCGUCCGCCUGCAUCUACCCGGAGUUCAAGCAGCUUGACACCCAGGUGGAGGGCGGUGGCCUCAAGGAGGCGGAUGCAUGGCCCGCGCAGCCUCAAGAUGCAUACGGUCUUGAAAAGCUUGUAAGCGAGGAGCUGGGCAAGCAUUACGGCAAGGACUUCGGAAUUGAUGUCCGCCUCGCGCGCUUCCACAACAUCUACGGCCCGCAUGGCACGUGGAAGGGUGGCCGUGAGAAGGCUCCCGCUGCCUUCUGUCGCAAGGUUCUCACGUCCACCACGGAGAUUGAGAUGUGGGGUGACGGCAAGCAAACUCGCAGCUUCACCUUCAUCGAUGACUGCGUGGAGGGCAUCUUGCGGAUUACCAAGUCCGACUUUACGGAGCCCCUGAAUUUGGGAUCUACCGAAAUGGUGUCCAUGAACGAAAUGAUGGAAAUGGCCAUGUCAUUUGAAGACAAGAAGCUGCCGAUAAAGCACAUCCCAGGUCCUGAGGGUGUGCGUGGCCGCAACUCGGACAACAAGCUUAUCUUGGAGAAGCUUGGCUGGGAGCCCACAGUGUCGCUCCGGGACGGCCUCAAGAUGACGUACUUUUGGAUCAAGUCCCAAAUCGAGAAGGAGGCUGAGAGCGGCGUGGACGCCAGCAAGUACAGCCAUAGCACAAUUGUGCAGACCAGCGCGCCGGUGGAGCUCGGUUCGCUUCGCAAGGCUGAUGGACAGGAAGGAUUCUAAGGAUUUCUUUAAUGCAUGCCGUACUAUGUUAGCUGCUCUUUUACCGAGGUGUGACUUGAUGCAACGUCAGUUACGGGGCAUUUCCGCCCUAGUUCAACGUCCGCGAGCAGUGAAGGUCGGUAUUACCGCAGUAUUCCUGCGGGUGGCAACGGAGUUUCAGGCAGGUUUGGACAUAAAUUACAGCUUUCACGUGUCUAAUCAUGAAUUUAGACGUCCCGCAACUGGCUUGUAUCGGGAGAUGAAUCUUGGCUCGGAUUACUUAUGCGCGCUUUACUUGGUCAAACCUAUGAUAAUGUACUAUAAAGGCUUUCGUGUAACAUUGUCGUGGGGUUGUGUAGGUGCAUAAAAACAUGUAUGUCUAAAUAAAUAGGACAUAACCAGUAUGAGCACAGCUUUCAUAGGACUGUCGCAGAUCAGUAUCCGUUCCGUUCGCGCUGCGACAUAGGCACCCCCUUUUUUGUGCCUUGUGUGACGUCCGGGCAAACCGCCGUGAUGUAAGGGCAGUGAUGUAAGCGUCAUGCAUGCUCC